AUGGCGGAGGAACCGCAGUCAGUAUGGCAGAAAAUCGACCAUACAGUCAUUCCUGUCGUGAACCUCGAGGUCAGGGAGGUUCGCGAGGUACUAUGGGAGAAGAUACAAGAACCCACUUCUCAGAGAAAGAUAAUUUUAGUAAUAGUUUCCAUAGCACUGCUGUUGGACAACAUGUUGUAUAUGGUGAUUGUGCCGAUUAUUCCAGACUAUCUCAGAUAUAUCGGUGCAUGGGGCGAGGCUGGUUACGAUCAUGUCGUUACCUUAGCACCUUACAAGGAGGGUAAUAAAACAAUUACACCUACAAAAAUCAUUCCAGCAUCCCACGAGGGGCAAGAAUCAGCUACAGGAGUAUUAUUUGCAUCUAAAGCAAUAGUACAGCUCAUGAUCAAUCCCUUUUCUGGUGCCUUAAUUGACCGUAUCGGGUAUGACAUACCCAUGAUGAUUGGACUUAUAAUAAUGUUUCUAUCAACGUCAAUCUUUGCAUGCGGGCGAAGCUACAGUAUGUUGUUCUUUGCGAGAAGUCUACAAGGAGUGGGAUCAGCAUUCGCUGAUACUGCAGGUCUGGCUAUGAUUGCAGACAGAUUCACAGAAGAAGCUGAGCGUUCUAAAGCUUUAGGUAUUGCUCUCGCUUUUAUCAGUUUUGGUUGCCUUGUUGCACCACCGUUUGGAGGUGCCUUAUACCAAUUCGCUGGCAAAGAGGUCCCAUUUCUGAUUCUUGCAUUGAUAUCGCUAUUAGAUGGAUUCAUGUUGUUGCUGGUAAUGAAACCACUAAAAACCCAAAUGAAGGAAGCUAGCCAACCCAAACCAGCUGGUACACCAAUAUGGAAACUUCUAAUGGACCCAUACAUUGCUGUUUGCGCUGGAGCACUUAUGAUGUCAAAUGUGGCUUUAGCAUUUCUCGAGCCCACAAUCUCUCUAUGGAUGGAAGACAAUCUCACGAAAGAUAAUUGGAAAAUUGGUAUGAUAUGGCUACCAGCAUUCUUUCCUCACGUGCUUGGCGUAAUAAUCACGGUGAAAAUGGCGAGAAAAUAUCCUCAACAGCAGUGGUUAAUGGCUGCUGGUGGCCUGGCUCUGGAAGGUUUAUGUUGUUUCAUUAUACCUUUUGCGAGCUCGUACAAAAUGCUAAUGAUACCAAUUUGCGGAAUUUGUUUUGGUAUUGCUCUCAUCGAUACUGCUCUGUUACCGACACUUGGUUAUCUGGUCGACGUUCGCUAUGUAUCAGUUUACGGAAGCAUUUAUGCAAUAGCUGAUAUAUCUUACUCCUUUGCAUAUGCUGUAGGACCUAUAAUUGCAGGUGAAGUAGUUGAAGCCAUAGGCUUUACAGCUCUGAAUCUCUUCAUAGCUUUCAGUAAUCUCUUGUAUGCCCCAGUACUGAUGUACCUACGUCAUAUCUACGACUUUAAACCAUUCGAAAACGAGGCCAAUAUAUUGAUGGGAGAUCCACCAGAAAAGGAAUAUCAAACUUACAGUAUGCAAGAUCAAAGGCCAGUUAAUGGAGAAUAUAAGAACCAUCUGGAAUAUUCUAACAUGCAAGGGCAAACUGGAGGGAUCCAAGAGUCGAAUGUGGACGCCAAUACCGGAAACUACUCGUACGACCAAUCUUAUCAAGGAGGCUAUCAAAAUUAUAGUCAGGGCUAUGACCAGCAACAGCAACAAGGGUAUCAGCAGGAGUAUCAACAAGCUCCGGAACAGGGGUACAAUCAGCGUCAGUUGCCGGCACAGCCUCAGCCUGCUAGCAACCCGUUCCGAGCUGGCACUGCACCACCACCAGCGCCUGCUCCAGUCGCUUCAAAUCCUGCGCCGGGGCCUGUGAAAAACCCCUUCCGACAAGGCUUUUAG